AUGUCGUUCUCAAAUACCGAUACCGGCUCCAAGCCAGCGGAUCCUUACAAGGCGAAGAACAUCGACGAGGUCUCGCUGCAGGAGAAAGUGCAGGAUCUCACUGAUUUCGUGUCCUCGUGCAAGUUUGGCAUGAUGACGACGAGAGAUGAUAAGUCGGGCAUGUUGUUUAGUAGGUGUAUGGCUACUGCUGGGAAGGAAAACGGCGGCAUAGACCUCCUCUUCCACACCAACACCGAAUCCGGCAAAACCGACGACCUAGCCUCGGACUCGCACAUCAAUAUCUCCUUCCUCAACUCCUCCGGCGAAUGGGCUUCCUUCUCCGGCACCUCGAACAUCAUCACGGACCGUGAUUUCGUGCGUAAACACUAUUCCCCGGCGCUCAAAGCCUGGAUUGGAGACUUAGGCGACGGGAAACAUGAUGGUGGACCGGAGGAUCCUAGGAUCGGCGUUAUUCAGGUGAAGACGAAGACGGCUACGUAUGCGGUUACGAGGAAGAGUGCGGUUGGACGGAUGGCGGAUCUCGCGCAGGGUGUGGUUACGGGGAAUGCGCCGAGUGUUAAUAAGUUGAGGGAGAUUAGUGAGGAGGAGGUGAAGACUUGGAGGAGUUCGAAGGAGAUGGUGCAGUAG